UCUUCCGCAUUCGUCUGUUUACUGAUUAGCGCCAUAGCUAAGCUAACUUUAAUUUUGUAAUUGUCGUGUUUUUGUGUGAUGGCAGACCCAAAGGCACAAAAUAUUAGCUCGAUUCCAAUAGAUGGCUUUAGCAAUUUAAGAAUUACAUCAAUAUGGACUUUUCUCAUGUCUGUGCAGUGGUCGGAGCCCUGGCUCAUAGGGCUGGUUAGCUUUCAUGUUGUGUGUUUAUUUGUGACUCUGGUGACAUGCAAAUUCUACAAAGCACAGAUAUGUCACUUCGUGCUCAUGGCCGGUUUAGUGUACAGUGCAGAGUAUUUGAACGAGUUGGCUGCUAUGAACUGGAGGUCCUUUUCUAAUUUUCAAUACUUUGAUUCCAAGGGCAUGUUCAUAUCUUUGGUAUUCUCCAUUCCUCUUUUGAUGAACACAGUCAUUAUUGUUAUGGUGUGGGUCUACAGGACAUUUUCCGCUAUGACUGAGCUGAAAACUCUGCAGCUUAAAAGGAAGAUGCACAGACAAAAGCGUGAAAAGACUGACUGACCUAUUUAUUUCCUGAAAUGGAUUUGAUCAAAACGAAUCCUUAAUCCUAAUCCCAAAUGUUGGAAUGAAGAAAUGUUUUUUGGUUACUGCAAAAGGACUUAUGAAAGAGCAGAAAGGGGCCAUAAAGGGUAAUUUUUGUAUAUGCUGUAUGUAACUAUAUGUGUUUUAUUGAAACUUGAAAGGACAUUAAACUUUUUGAGUGCCA